AUGUUGAGACAGAUCGUCGGGCAACGGGCCUCGCUCCGGACGUUGGCACCAUGCCUUCGUCGCGGCCUUGCCACAGCCUCGGACUCUACGCCCACCUCCUCACGCAUGCCUCCCUACCCUAAGAUCGUGCAAAACCUCGAACAAGUGCGCAAGGUCCUUGGGUCAUCCCGCGCCCUCACCCUCGCUGAAAAGAUUCUCUACUCCCAUCUCGCCAAUCCCGAGGAGUCGCUGCUGACUGGCACAAACAAUGGACGGGAUAUCCGUGGACAGGCAGACUUGAAGCUGAAGCCCGACCGAGUCGCCAUGCAGGAUGCCUCGGCGCAAAUGGCUCUGCUGCAAUUCAUGUCCUGUGGCUUGCCUUCGACUGCAGUCCCGGCCAGCAUUCACUGUGACCACAUGAUUGUUGGUGAGCGUGGUGCCGACACUGAUCUGCCUGCUUCGAUCGAGGGAAACCGCGAGGUGUUUGACUUCUUGGAGAGCGCGUCGAAGCGCUAUGGAAUUGAGUUCUGGCCGCCUGGUGCGGGUAUCAUUCACCAGAGCGUCUUGGAAAACUACUCUGCUCCCGGUCUGAUGAUGCUCGGAACCGACAGCCACACCCCCAACGCUGGUGGUCUCGGUGCGAUUGCCAUCGGUGUUGGUGGUGCGGAUGCCGUUGACGCUCUUGUCGAUGCUCCGUGGGAGCUCAAGGCCCCGCGCAUCCUCGGUGUGAGACUUGAGGGCAGGCUGCAGGGCUGGGCCUCGCCAAAGGACAUUAUCCUGCACCUCGCUGGAAAGCUGACUGUGCGCGGCGGAACCGGCUUCGUGAUCGAAUAUCACGGCCCCGGCGUCGAGACCCUUAGCUGCACUGGCAUGGCCACCAUCUGUAACAUGGGCGCUGAGGUCGGCGCCACCACCUCCCUCUUCCCCUUCUCCCCCAACCACGUCCCCUACCUGCAGGCCACCCAUCGCGGAGACGUCGCCGAGGCCGCAGCCAAGAUUGCCGCUGGCGGCCCAUCAAGUCUCCUGCGCGCCGACACCAACGCAGAAUACGACCAGCUCAUCACCAUUGACCUCUCUACGCUCGAGCCCCACAUCAAUGGUCCCUUUACCCCGGAUCUCUCAGUCCCUCUCUCCCGCUUCGCCGAGACCGUUCGCGAGAACAAGUGGCCCGAGACCUUUGGCGCCGGCCUCAUCGGCAGCUGCACCAACAGCUCCUACGAGGACAUGACCCGCGCCGAGCACCUUGUCAAGCAAGCCUCCGCCGCUGGCCUCACCCCCAAGGCGGACCUCUUCAUCACCCCCGGCAGUGAGCAGAUCCGCGCAACACUCGACCGCGACCAAACCCUCUCCACCUUCUCCUCCGCUGGCGGCACCGUUCUCGCCAACGCCUGUGGCCCCUGCAUCGGCCAAUGGAAGCGCACAGACAAUAUCCCCAAGGGCGAAGACAAUGCCAUCUUCACCUCGUACAACCGCAACUUCCCCGGCCGCAACGACGGCAACCGCCGCACAAUGAACUUCCUCGCCUCCCCCGAGCUCGUCACAGCCCUCACCUACGCCGGCACCACAACCUUCAACCCCAUGACCGACUCCAUCCCCACCCCCUCGGGAACCCCCUUCCGCUUUGAACCCCCCACAGGCUCCGAUCUCCCCUCCAAGGGCUUUGAAGCCGGAAACCCCGCUUUCCAACCCUCCGCCCCCGUCCCCAACGCCUCCAUCGACGUCAAAGUCUCCCCGACAUCCUCCCGCCUCGCCCUCCUAGAACCCUUCCCCCCAUUCCCCGAGGGCGACCUCCAAAAUCUCUCAGUCCUCUACAAGGUCCGCGGCCAGUGCACAACAGACACCAUCUCCGCCGCGGGUCCCUGGCUCAAAUACAAGGGCCACCUCCCCAACAUCUCCGCCAACACACUCAUCGGCGCCGUCAACGCCGCAACCGGUGAGACCAAUGUCGCCUACGACGAGGACGGCUCCACACACAGCAUCCCCGACCUCGCUGCCAAGUGGAAGGCCCAGGGCCGCGAGUGGCUCGUCGUCGCAGAGGAUAACUACGGCGAGGGUUCUGCCCGUGAACACGCUGCCCUGCAGCCGCGGUACCUCGGUGGCCGCGUCAUCCUGGCCAAGUCCUUUGCGCGCAUUCACGAGACGAAUCUGAAGAAGCAGGGCGUUGUCCCGCUUACGUUUGCCGAUAAGGCAGACUACGAUAAGAUCGAUGCGUGCGAUCUUGUGCGCACCGAGGGUCUGUACGAGACGCUAAAGAACGGUGGCAAGGGCGAGAUUACGAUCCGUGUUACCAAGAAGAAGACUGGUGAGGAGGUUGUUAUCCCGGUCAAGCACACAUUGAGUGCGGAUCAGAGUUCGUUUAUUCUUGCGGGGAGUGCGUUGAAUGUGCUCUCGAAGAAGCAGUAG